AUGUCUGGGCUUGCCCACCGCGAUAAUGGACUGCCUCCCCAACAGGAUGUCGGCCCUAUCCUCAUGUGGAUAUCUGGAAUUCUGAUGGUCUUAACUGUUAUCUCGACAGCGCUCCGAAUAUUUGUUAGGUGCAAGAACCGAAUCUUCGGAUGGGACGAUGCUACGAUGCUGCUUUGUGUUGCUUGUGCCGCUACAAGACUGGGAUUCGAAAUCAAACAGGCCCAGCACGGGAACGGCAAGCACCGGGUCUACCUGAGUGACCAAAAUUAUAUGAUGAUCAACAAGUACGGGUGGUACGGCCAAAUCUUCCUGUUCGCCUCCGUUGCGUUUUUGAAGGUCUCCAUUUGCCUCCUGAUCCUUCGUAUCAAGAAUACCAAGCCCCUAAAGAUCUUGGUAUAUACGGUCAUGGCUGGAGUGCUGAUUACCAAUUUUGGAGUCGUCAUUAUCUUGUUGGCUGAGUGUAGACCAGCCGGGUUCUGGCGAGGCAGUUCAGCUAAGUGCUGGCCAACCAACAUCCGCAUCUAUUGCAUAUAUGCUACCAUUGGAUAUUCUGUGUUAACAGAUCUCUUCCUGUCACUGCUUCCGCCCUUUGUCGUGUGGAAGGUCAGGAUCCCACUACGUACCAAGCUCUCCGUGUCUGGCCUGAUGGGUUUGGGACUCCUGGCAACCGGCUUUGGUAUCGCUCGAGCAGCAUCUCUUGGAAUCCAGACUAGUGACCUUAGCUGGGCAUACUGUAUCGCCGGAAUUUGGUCUAACCUCGAACUCUUCCUCGGAAUCAUUGCUGCAAACGUCGCCCUCUCCCACUCUAUAUAUGUCUACUUCUUCGGCGAUAAGAGCAAAUGUCCCGACAACUCCCAGUACAGCUCUCCAUACCAUUUUCCUCAUUCCCGCUCCGGUGCCAAUCACGGCAAACUCCGUGGCGAUAAUUUCGAGGUGGUUCCCACUGUGAUCGAAGCUGGGAAUAGGCGGCCGUCCGAGAGUAGGAGCUCUAAUAGUGACAUCCCCAUGGUCGCGGGCAUCCGGAAGAAGACAGAAUUCUGGAUGUCCGAGGAGGAUGCAGUACUUAGGGGCGCAAGCGCUAAGGCGAAUGGGAAUUAG